AUGUUGUGGGAUCACCUUUUCCAAUUACUAUCUCCCUAUCCAGAUUUCCUCAUUAUUGAUCAUUACGAGGAUAAAUUAGGUGGAGAUGUUACUAUUAGGGGAUGGGAGGAUUUUACUAAUUGGAAACAUGAUUUAGAAUUACAAGAUAUUCCUUUUGUGGGACCUCGGUUUACUUGGACAAAUAACCGAGAAGGGUCAGACUUGAUUCUAGAACGUCUUGAUCGUACAUAUGGGUCGCCAGCAUGGUUAGACAAAUAUCCACUUAGUUACGUCAAACAUUUUCCAAUCCUACAUUCUGAUCACUUAGCAAUAUUUUACCAGACAGCGCCACCAUAUACUCCUCGGCGGCGGCCAUACCAGUUUGAAAAUUGGUGCCUUACACAUUCAGACAUUCCGAGUCUUAUAACAUCUGUUUGGCAAAACCCCAUCGCAGUAUCUUCUAUGUACUGUUUUACCAAACAUCUUUCCUUAUUACGUCAAGAUAUUAAGCGCUGGUGUUUGGAUCACAAGGUAGUUUGGGGUAUUGAUUGGAAGGACAUUUCUGAACAAUUAACUACUUAUGCUGAGCCUAUUGAUAAUCUUCAGCAAGGAAAUGCUUUCAUGAGCCAAAGACAACAGUUACUGCAUAAGAAACAACGUUCGACAUUCAUUUAUCUCCUCAAAACUGCGGAGGGUGAUUGGACUGACGAUGUUCAUGCUAUUUCUACUGAAAUCCUGCGACACUUUAAAAACGCUUACACGCCUUCCACUUCUACGGAGCCUGAUCCAGCAUAUGACGAAAAUAUUGGAUUAUUGCUACGGGAACUAAAUCUUCCACAACUUUCUGCUAUCCAGCAACAACAACUCCUUCUUCCUUUUUCAGAAUUAGAAGUUCAUGAUGCCAUGUUUGGAAUUGGGAAUGCCAAGUCUCCAGGGUUAGACAGUUCUACAGCAGAAUUUUUUAAAACUCAUUGGGACCUGCUAGGGGUACCGAUAUUCCAGGCGGUUAGUCGCUUUCUUACCACGGGAUUUAUUUUGCGGGAAUGGAACCAAUCGCUUAUUGUCUUACUACCUAAAGGUCCUAAUCCUGAAAAGGUUACGCAAUUUCGGCCGAUUAGUUUAUGCAAUACAAUUUACAAAUGUGCGUCAAAAUGUUUGGUAAAUCGGUUACGGCCACUGCUACAGGACCUGAUCAGUGAAUAUCAAAGUGCCUUUAUUCCGGGACGUCAUAUGGACGACAACAUUUUGAUUAGUCAUGAGCUCACUCACGUCAUCAAUAAACAUCGUCGCGGGAAUGUUCAUCUUUCCGGCCUUAAACUAGACAUGAAUAAGGCCUAUGAUCGUGUUAACUGGGUGUUUCUUUUAAGUGUUCUCAGAGCAUAUGGGUUUCCUGAACAUUGGUUACGAUUGAUUCAACAAUGCAUCUCUAUUGUCACAUAUCGAAUUUUGGUCAAUGGACAGGUCUCAGAGGCCUUCACUCCUCACUAUGGUCUAAGGCAGGGGGAUCCUAUUUCCCCAUACUUGUUUUUGUUCUGUAUGGAUAUCUUGUCCCGUAUGCUAACACAAGCCACGGAUAUUCGGCAAUUUGACGGUAUUAAAGCACACAGGUAUGCACCUCCUAUUUCCCAUCUUUUUUUUGCUGAUGAUGCUGUUCUUUUCUUUAAGGCUACUACUAAUUCUUGUACGAAAGUUUCAAGACUUCUCGCACGUUUCUGCAUGAUAUCGGGUCAAAUGCUAAGUCUCACCAAGUCAUAUGUGAAAUUUAGCCCUAAUAUUCCUCAAGGGAUGCUUACUGAGUAUAAAAGUAUUCUCAAGCUGGAGGCUACAAGUUCUAUGGGAACAUAUCUUGGUACACCAGUGGACAUUCAGAGGAAAAAGACUCAGCAUUUCACUUAUUUACUGGAUAAAAUCUCACAACGUAUUACUGCAUGGAGUCAUACCCCCUUAUCACAAGCUGGCAAGGUGAUCCUUAUCAACUCGGUUCUCAUUGCUUCAAUUGCUCACAUCCUCUUUGUGUUUUUGCUUCCUACAACCAUUGCUAAUAAGGUGGAUGCCAUGGUAUCGAGAUUUUUCUGGGCUAAACCAUCAGGGAAAGGAAUUGCCUGGCGCCGGAAGGACAUUUUGAAUAUGCCUAAAGGUGCUGGGGGACUCGGACUACGUAGUGUUAUGGUUCACAAUCGUGCCUUACUGAUAAAAAAAGUCUGGCGUAUUCAUCGGAAUUCGAAGUUACUUGUCAGCCAAGUCUUUGCAUCAACUCCCCUACAUAUUCAUUCGCAUAUUUCUAUGUUACAUUCCUUAAAAGGCCAGAGCUCUUGGGGAGCGCGGAGUUUAAAUCAGGCUGAAAAGAUCCUUCUUGAUAAUUAUGCUUGGAAAAUUGGGUCCAACUCAACUCUACGGGCAGGUCAGAAUCGAUGGGUCAAUGGUCAAAUACCGAUAUACCGUGAUCAGAUUACACUACGAACAGCAACUUCUGUCACUGUUGGGUCCCUCAUCUUACAGGAUCAGCAAGGUUGGAAUAUUCCCAGACUUCAUUCUCUAUUCACUCCAGAGACGAUAGGGGCUAUCCGAGGGUUAGAAUUGCCAAGCCUGGCAACUCAGUGUGACAUCCCGUAUUGGCCUCACACAGCUUCGGGUAAAUACACCACUAAGUCUGGCUACUAUUUUCUAUCGCGACAAAUUGACAUCUGUAGCAUGACACCUCCUCUAAAUUCGAAAUUUUUUCGGAUUUUAUGGGGAUUGCGCAUCAUGCCUAAGUGGAAGAUUUUUCUAUGGAAACUUUGGCAUAACAGUUUAGCAACAGUUGCUAAUCUUUCAGCUCGGGGGCUGUCAGUCCCGAGUGAAUGCCCUUGUUGUGCGCUGGAAUCUGAGACCUGCCAACAUCUAUUCAGAAUGUGCCCCCUAGCUACUACAGCCUGGCGGACCAGUCAGUUGGGUAUUAUUUCUAACUCAGUUAGUUACGUUCCCUUCAGAGAAUGGCUUGUUGCAUGGAUUUUAUAUCUUUAUCGUAUGGAUGGGCCUGAUGGUGAUAGCUUAAAUGUCCUUACACAACAAGUCAGGCAGCAACAUCUAACAUUCCUGGCUAGGCCGAUGUUUUCUCAUACAAUUAUCGACGAAGGACCUGGACCACCAGGAUUUCUUAUGGCACAUUUUGGUUCUUCUUUUUGCGGGAUUCCACAACUACAAAUUCAAGUUGAUGGGUCGUGGGUUUCUAAUUCGACCUUGGCUGGCAUUGCUUGGGUUGCUGAAAAUGUUAACAAUCAGAUUCAGAUAGGAGAAGGCUCUUGUAUUCAUGCAGACUCUGCUCUCCUCACAGAAGCUAAGGCAUGUCUUCAGGCCUUGCUUUGGGCACAAGGUCAAGGUUAUCAAAAACUCUACCUGCACACAGAUUCCGAAAUUAUCGUCCUAAGCUUAUUAAAACCACUGACAUCUCCCAUUUCGAUCACUUGGACACUCGGUGAUAUUCGCUUGAUCGGCCAGCAAUUUGUAUGGUGUAGAAUUACCAAGGUCGCUCGUUCACAGGUUCAAAAGGCUCACGAUCUGGCAACACGUGUCAGACAGGGACAUGUACCGUUACUUCGUCUUUAA